UUCAUGUACAAGGAGGCAGAAGAAGGAAUAACAAUUCCGUUAAAAAGAUAUAGAGAGCGUACUAUAGCAGCAACCAAAAUAUCAAAAGGCACCUUCACCAAACUCCAGAAGGAAUCUUGCAAAGUCUUUGAUAAUCCAAGCUGUUCCUUUUCGUCACCCAAGAAAAAGCGCCCACAAUUAAAAAGGAAAUUAGAUUCCAUUAACCCUGGGCAACUAAAGGCCAUAAGAGAAGUUGUUUAUAACUUUUAUUUGAUAGAAAAAAGAAGACCGACUCUUAAAUUGAUUUUGGAGAAAAUCAUAGAUCAGGCAAUCAUUCAUGAAGAAUUAAGUGUUUCAUGUCUAGGAAGACUUCUGAAAAAAAUUGGAUUUAGAUGGACAAAAACCAACGAUAAUAGAAAGGCACUUAUGGAAAAGCAUGAUAUCAGGCUGAAAAGAAUCAAGUAUUUGAAACAAAUUACAGAGUACAGAAAAGAAAAUCGGCCUAUUAUUUACACUGAUGAAACAUAUAUACAUAGCAGUCACACUUCCGAUAAAGGAUGGUUUGAUGACAGCUCAAAAGGCUUUCGAAAGCCUAUUUCAAAGGGACAACGUCUUAUUGUUCUUCAUGCUGGUGGCGAGGGAGGUUUUAUCAACAAUGGCCUGCUUAUAUUCCGUUCAGGUGAGAUUAUUCGAAAUUAUCAUUCAUAUCAUUAUUAG